AUGGUAGGUUUGGAAUUCCUAGACCUUUCUCAUAACAAUAUAUCUGGAAUCAUUCCUAAGUCUUUGGAGAAACUUCAAAAAAUGAAGUAUUUCAAUGUUCCUGUCAACAAAUUAGAAAGAAUUUCAUACUAUGAAUUGCUCCAAGCAACUGAUGCGCUUAGCGAGAGUAAUCUGAUUGGUUCCGAAAGUUUUGGCUGUGUCUACAAAGGCGUUCUCAGAAGUGAAACUUCCAUUGUUAUUAAAGUGUUCAAUCUUCAACUAGGUGCGGCAUUCAAGAGCUUUGAUACGGAAUGUGAAGUUUUGCACCGCCUUCGCCAUAGGAAUCUCCCGAGUAAUGUCUUUCUGGAUGAGGAUAUGGUUUCCCACCUAAGCAACUUUGGUAUUUCAAAACUGCUUGGUGACGAUGAAAGUGAAUUAUACACUAAAACCUUAGCAUCAUUGGGUUAUAUUGCUCCAGAGUAUGGACAAGAUGGAUUGGUGUCUACUAAAUGUGAUCUGUAUAGUUAUGGAAUCAUGUUGCUGGAAACGUUUACUAGGAGAAAGCCUAGUGAGUAA